UGCAGACCAAACCAGGGAGGAGUGGAGGAGGAGGAGGAAGAUGGUGGAGGGAGAGGCUGGGCUAGCAGCUGAAGGGCAAGCUUCGUCCCAGGUUUCCUGCCCCACACCGCACAGCUGCUGCCAUCCGCAUCCGUGUCAGACCUGCCGCUGCUGCACGCAGUGAGCGGCGUUGGUGCACAGGCUCCGAGCAAAAGGAGGAGGAUAGAGGCAAACUAUCGUGACUAGAACCAGGGCCUUUUCGGUGGUGGCCCCCGAAUUGUGGAAUAGUCUCCCCGAUGAGGUACGCCUGGCGCCGACGCUGCUAUCUUUUCGGCACCAGAUUCGUUUGGAUAUUUAUUUGGACAACUGGAUGGCAUAUAUUGAUCUGUAUACGGGAACUGGAAUGGAUGUACUAAUGGUUACUGCAUUGUUAAUCCUCAACACACAAAAUGCCAAUAGAAUAAGUGAAGUACCCUCUAGAACCUGCCAUGAACCAUUUUGAGGGACUGCCUGAAGGAGAGGUGAAUGAUGAACUAAGAAGCAGAGAGGUGAAUGAAUCUGUGGAGGCCGAUUUGGAACAUUCUGAGGUAGAAGAUGAACAGCAACAUUAUGCCAUUCGUUUCCCCAGAUGUGCCAAUGGCAGCCUUGAAAGGCGUUCUAGACAGGAAGAGGAGGGCACGUUAGCAAGGUCAGCUAGCACUGAGAGUGGUUUCCACAAUCACACUGAUACUGCUGAGGGAGAUGUCAUAGCCACAGCAGAGGAUGGCUACGAAGGAGAUAGAGUGCUAGAGAAUGACGAUGAGAGUGCCUAUGCAGUGCAGUACAGGCCUGAGGCAGAGGAGUACACAGAAAAUGCUGAGGCAGAACAUGCCGAGACUAUUCAUAACCGAACUCUUCCCAACCACUUGCACUUUCAUUCUAUUGAGCAUGAGGAAGCCAUGAAUGCAGCCUAUUCAGGCUAUGUGUAUACCCACCGGCUCUUCCACCGAGGGGAAGAUGAGCAGUAUGCUGAGCCCUAUGCUGACUAUGGGCUUCAGGAACAUGUGUACGAGGAGAUAGGUGACACCCCUGACCUUGAUGUCCGGGAAGGUCUUAGACUCUAUGAGCAGGAGAGGGAGGAGGCUGACAACUAUCGGAAGGAAGCUCUGGGUGCGCGGCUCCACCACUAUGAUGAACGCUCUGAUGGAGAGUCUGACAGCCCUGAGAAGGAGGCAGAAUUUGCUCCUUAUCCAAGGAUGGACAGUUAUGAACAGGAGGAAGACAUUGACCAAAUUGUGGCUGAAGUCAAACAGAGCAUGAGUACUCAGAGUCUGGACAAAGCUGCUGAAGACAUGCCAGAAGCAGAGCAGAAUGUGGACACUAGUAAUGCUCCUGCUAAUGUGCACCAUGAAAGCAACAGUCAAUUGUCAGUCAGCUCUAGGCCUUCUGUUAAUGUGGGAGAUUCAGUGCAAAGAUAUAGCAAGGAAAAAAGGGAUGCAAUAUCACUGGCUAUCAAAGACAUUAAAGAAGCUAUUGAGGAAGUGAAGACAAGGACCAUCCGUUCUCCUUAUACCCCCGAUGAACCGAAAGAACCCAUUUGGGUGAUGAGACAGGACAUCAGCCCAACCAGGGAUGAUGAGGAUCAGAGGCCACUAGAGGGAGAUUCUCCAUCUCCUGAUUCAUCUUCACCACGGGGUGCUGAAUCAUCAAGUGUACAACAUCACCAAGAUGUCUGUGGUACGGCAGAAACCCCCACCAAUAAGGAGUCAAGAAAAAGCCUGGCUUCUUUCCCAACCUAUGUUGAAGUUCCUGGGCCCUGUGAUCCUGAAGAUUUAAUUGAUGGAAUCAUAUUUGCUGCCAAUUACCUUGGCUCUACUCAGCUUCUUUCAGAUAAAACACCAUCCAAGAAUGUAAGAAUGAUGCAGGCUCAGGAAGCUGUGAGCCGAAUCAAGGCCCCUGAAGGUGAAUCUCAGCCCAUGACAGAAGUCGACCUCUUCAUCUCAACACAGAGAAUAAAAGUGCUGAAUGCAGACACUCAGGAAACUAUGAUGGAUCAUCCUCUGAGGACCAUUUCCUACAUUGCAGAUAUUGGAAAUAUAGUUGUACUGAUGGCUCGCAGGCGAAUGCCAAGAUCUAAUUCCCAGGAUAAUGUGGAGGCAUCUCAUCCCUCCCAGGAUGGGAAGAGGCAGUACAAAAUGAUCUGCCAUGUCUUUGAAUCUGAGGAUGCACAGCUAAUUGCACAGUCCAUAGGCCAGGCAUUUAGUGUGGCCUACCAGGAAUUCCUGAGGGCCAAUGGAAUAAAUCCAGAAGACCUGAGCCAGAAGGAAUAUAGUGACCUGCUCAACACCCAGGACAUGUACAAUGAUGACCUGAUCCACUUCUCUAAGUCUGAAAACUGCAAAGAUGUUUUCAUUGAGAAGCAAAAGGGAGAAAUUCUGGGUGUAGUGAUUGUAGAGUCCGGAUGGGGAUCCAUCUUGCCUACUGUUAUCAUUGCCAAUAUGAUGCAUGGAGGACCAGCUGAAAAAUCUGGAAAACUGAACAUAGGGGACCAAAUCAUGUCUAUCAAUGGGACUAGUUUGGUUGGCCUACCACUCUCUACAUGCCAGAGUAUCAUAAAGGGGUUGAAAAAUCAGGCCAGGGUUAAGCUGAAUAUAGUCAGAUGUCCUCCAGUAACCACUGUCCUCAUCCGAAGACCAGACCUCAGAUAUCAACUAGGCUUCAGUGUACAGAAUGGCAUUAUCUGUAGCCUUAUGCGAGGAGGGAUUGCAGAGCGAGGAGGAGUACGAGUGGGCCACCGAAUCAUUGAAAUAAAUGGGCAAAGCGUUGUGGCAACACCUCAUGAAAAGAUUGUCCACAUUCUCUCAAACGCUGUUGGUGAGAUUCAUAUGAAGACCAUGCCAGCUGCCAUGUACAGACUUUUGACAGCACAGGAACAACCAGUUUACAUCUAAAACUCAUCUUCCUUGUGUAUGGAGGACGUUUCUUCUCAUUAGUGGUGUUUUCUUGUGCUGCAUUUUGGUGUCUGCAGCAACAUCUCUCACUCGUUUCCUCACCUUUGAUCAUUCUGCUGCGUACAAGAUGACAUUUUUGGUUGUGCCUUUUUAUUACUAGUUUACUACUAGAGAAUAGAAAAAUAACCAAGGCUUUCUUUGACACACACACACCAUGCUACAUCAUCAUGUUAUGCCUCCAUGGCUAUUAGGACAAAGAAUAAAAUUAGAAAGCUUUUUUUAUAAAAUAGGACAAAAUAUAGGGUAAAAUUCUAUUCUUUGGCUGAUAGAAAGGAUGUUGACCUGUUUUAUCCUGCAAAGUUGCUAUUACAUAUAUGUUAGGAGAGCAACAGGAUGAUAAUUUUGCCCCUAGCAAAAAGUUGAUAUAUGUUUGAAAAAGGAACGUGGAUGAUAACUUGGCUUUUCGGUGAGCACUGCCUCCCUAAUGUAGCUCAACAUCUGUAUAUCAGGAAAGCAUUACUGUAAGGUGCUGCUCAUCCCAUGCUAUAAACCCUCUAGGACUAAAAUGUGCGUUGUUGAUGGAGUAUGUGCUUUCAAAUUUUGGUCCCAGGGAUCGAAGUCUUUUUUCCCCUUUCCCAAAAGUCCCUUAUUUUUUAGGUGUAGCAUGAUUUUUUGCAAAUGGGUUUUCUAUUCCCCACUUCCUUUCUAAGACAAGAGUGAUUUAACAGAAACAGUGUGGGGGUAGUGGGAAAAGACUGCUGACAGAUCUUAACUUUCUAAGCUUUUUCAUUUGUGUAUGUACGAACGUGUAUGUGGGCUGAUAGGUUGUCACAUUUUAAAACUAUAUGCUUGAUUUUUUUUUUAACAAGUCUACAUACAGUUCUAAAUUGUUGUAUUGUUCUGAGCCAGUUUACUUCUAACAGAUCUUUGGUCCAAAAGUUUGUAUUUACAUUUUUAAAAGACUAUUUCUCAUUAAUUUUGGACCAUUUCAGAAUAGUGGAAGGUAUACAUUUAAUUUAUUUUGUAAUAUAUAUAUAUAUAUAUUAUAUAAAAUAUAUGUAAAGUUAAUCCCACACCUGGGAUGCUAAAGGUAAAAUGUUCACUUACUGUAGAUGCUUGUGCAAUGAAAGAAUAUUCCAAAAUGUUUUGGUCAUAUUUAAAAUCAAGGGGAUCAGUAGACUGUAAUAGUUGUAGUAAGACUAUUUAGGCAAAAACACAAGACUGUGGUCCUGUGGCACCUUAAACCCUUAUACAUUUAUUAUAGCAUAAGCAUUUUUGGAGGUAAAGCCCACAAAAUAUUAUGCCACUCACAAUACAUGUGUUGGUCUUUAAGGUGUCUCAGUAGUCUCUGUUAGAAACACAGCUACCUUUCUGGAGUCUAAUAUUUGUGUAGGAGGUAGGAAAUAAGUAUAAGCUGACAGCCUGAUUUAGGAUAUUCCUGGUGUAUUGGGGCAGAGGAAGAGAUUGAAGUGUUUGCAUUUUGCAUGGUUAUGCACAUGUUGCAGAAAUGUAAUGGUGUACUCCUUGGGAUUCAGUGCACUGCAUGGGUGUUACAUGUGGAUCCUAGCUCCUACUACAUGCAUAGAAGUUCUGGAACAGUGAAGAUCUGGUUGUGUUAUAAUAGCACCCUGAACCACAACAAUAACUGUGAUACAAACAAGUUGUUGGGGAGGAAGAAGUGGCUACACAACAUUGUAGUGGAAUGUUAAUUGCCUUUUUCAUUCACAAAAAUAAUUGUUCAUGUAAGAUUCCAUAUAGUAGAGUAUAGGAAAGCUAUACAGUAAGAAAAAAAAUACUAUCUUUCAACCUAGACAACUCUAGCAACCCAAUCCUAUCUGCUUAGAUACAUGGUAGCGCAUUGAAAUCAGUAGGCAACUCUGCAUAGGAUUGGACAGUAGUUGUGUAUAUUUGGCUGCAAGUUUGGGCCCAGUAAACUAUCAGAUGCUGUUGCUUUAGUGAAACUAAGUGGGCGUGUAUCUGGACAGCAUGCUGGAUAGGAGACCACUAGUAGCUUUUUGUAAGCAAGACUUUUUUUAAAAAAAAUUGCUGCAAUUUUUCAAAGCAAAACAAUAAAAAUGACUUUCAGGAGCUAGGUUCUGAAUUUAAUAACAGGAAUCUAUUUGACUUAGUUGUGACACAGAGGUAGUGAGAUGAAAAUGAAAAAAAAGAGGGGGGAAAUCAUCACCGUGCAUAAUUUUUCAAGGUUUUACAAAGGGCCUGAAAAAUGUGGGGUUUGUGUCUUUUUAUAGCUUUUCUACCUGGACAAUGGGCAGUGAGCAGGGAUUGCAUAGUCUCUUCUGCAAUACAGGGCUGCUGUAGGAAAUCAGUAACUUUUGACUAGGACAAAAUAAUGACACAAAAUAUGUAAGAAUUGAGUAUCUUUAAUGUAACAUCACAGAACUAUCUUAUGAAAUAGAAGGGAUUCUAAGCCAUGGAAUCACCAAAGAUGAUAAUGUUGAUAUUCCAGAUUAACAUCCAUGGUUUGCUGUUAAUCUGAGGCUACCUAGACUCAAUCAGUUUUUAAUUAUGGACAUCUGCUUUACAAAACACCACACAACUCAUAAGUUCCUUUAUGCAUAUAGGUCAAGUAACAAAUGUAUUUAGGACAUGUACUAUGUAUAAUUAAAUUAUACAUAGCAUAGUUCACUGUUUCUUACUACAGCUCCAACUAACUUGUAGCCCUUUCUUUCCUUCUAAGAAAUGCCAUUUCUUUCUCUUAAUCCCUUAUUCCUCUUCACCCAGUCAAGAGGAUCCUCCAGCUCUAAAUACAUAGAUUUCUUUAUAUACAGAGCAGAGGCCCUGAAUGAAAAAGCUAGUCUUGAAAGCCCAGCCAUUCCUAGUUCUCAACAGUGUUAACUCCCAUAAUAGAUUUAUUUCUAUUUCAGGUUUACCCAAGAGACUUCUUUUCACAGCUUUUAGCAAGACAGAUCCAAAAUACUAGGAUACAAAUGGGACUGAGAUAGAUAUAAAAAAAAAUCAAACCAUUACUUGUGGAAACUUGAACAUGUCUUUAACUUGAAUUGCCAUUAAAGUCUUUCAAAUUUUUAUAUGUUUGAGAGUAAACUCAUCCAUGUCUUAACUCUUUUCUGGCCUGUCCUUUAUUCUUCUAUUGCUUGCAAACAUGCUGGUUCACAAAGCUUCAGUCCCUUUCUCAGCAUGGUUGCAAUGUUGUGCUGCUUGCACAUAGGGAAAUCUGACUUAUGACCUGAUUUCCAGAGUAGAUCUAAGUAACCAACCCUAAACUUCUUAACUUUGAAGAAUAAUAUGGCCUGAAAGGUAAGACAACUAUUUUGAAAAUGGAUACUUUAACAGAGGAGUUACAGGAAAUAUUACAUUCCCUAUGGAAUCAAAGGAAGAACUUAUACUACUUCAAGUUUGCAAAAAUCCGUCAAGAAUGAUAGUUGCCUACUUGUAUACUUUAAUUCUUCCACGUUUACAAAAAGGUUAAAAUUGCCUCUUACCAUUUUUCUGUGUAUGUCUGAAUUGCAGUAUAAUUUGCAAUAUAUGUUGGGAUUUUCCACAUACAAGCUUUUGGGGAGGAGGAGGGAAAUUCUUUGUACUUCUGAGAAUUAAAAGAAAUUGUCUGAAGAUAGCAAGUGUGUGUGUAUAUAGAACGAGUGAGCAGAGUACUAAAGAAUAUAAAGCCGUACUAUUCUGUAAAGAGGAUGAAUAGAAAUUAUUGAAAAGCGUCGGGAGAAGUAUAGUAUUGUAUUUGUAACAAUAUUGUUCUUUGUAAACACUAAACUUGAUGAGCUCUAUAUAAAUAUAUAUAUAUAUAUAUAUAAAUGUGAGCCUAGAAUGUUGAUACUGCACAUUUAUUGAAUGUAAUUUUUCAGACUCUUAUCACAGGAUUCUGGUUCCUUUCUCUGUAAUGCAGCUAAUGGAGAGCUUGGGGUAGGGGUGGAUAUUUUUUUUAACUUUUUUGUUGGCCUCUGUUUUGGUGUGAUGUAUUUAUAUGUGCUACAUUCCUUUAUUUAAUAGAGUGCUGAUGUCUGUAAGAUUUGCAACAAUAAAAAACAAACAUACAAAAAAAAGGCAUUAGAUUAUAGCCAAGGCUUAAUUAAUGCUGCUCUAGGAAGGUGUCAUUCCAUUGCGUUACCUAGUUAUUAAUGGACUCCUUUUCCCACAGCGUUCCAGAACUCCAUAAAUAUUUAUAUCAACAUUGGACAGAGAACUUACCAUGCUUGUAAUAACUCCUGCCUUUACAGAAAG